AUGCAUAAUGUGGACAUAGCUGAGAAGGCAUUUGGUUCUUUCUCAAUCGAUACAAAAGGGCAGAACAAGAAUAGUACCCAAACUGGUUCUGCUAAGCCUCAGAAAAGUUGGAAGCCUAAUAACAAACCAUGGGAGUCUAGGCAGAAGCCACAACAAGCUGGUGCUGCACAGACCUCAAAUGGAUCACAAUAUGUGCAUCAAGAUGGAGUGAAGCCUCAAGGCAAAGUAUGCUCUAAAUUUCACUUUGGAGAAUGUAGAUAUAAGGGCCAAUCUAAGUGCUAUAAGUGUGAUAGAUUUGGACAUUGGGCUAGGGACUGUACUGCAAACAAAGGAGUGCAUAAAGCAAAUAAUGCAAGCCAAGCAGAAGUAAGAGGGAAUCUGUUUUUUGCAAACUGUGCAAUUUCAGAGAAGAGUGCAAAUGGAGAAUGGUAUAUAGAUAGUGGUUGCAGUAACCAUAUGACUGGGAACAAGGAGCUGUUAAUUGACAAAAAUUCAAGUGUCACAGGCAAGGUGCAAAUGCCAACAGGGGAGCUUGUAAGUAUAGCUGGCAUGGGUACUUUAGUGCUUGACACAAGCUCUGGUACAAGGUAUAUCAGAAAAGUCAUGUAUCUGCCUGGUUUGAGGGAGACUCUGUUGAGUGUGGGCCAAAUGGAUGAACAUGGUUAUCAUUUGGUAUUUGGAAGCAGCAUGUGCAAUAUCUAUGAUGGUUCUUUUCUCAAGAAUCUCAUCAUGAAGGUGGCAAUGAGGAAGAAUAUGUGUUAUCCAUUGUCAUUGUCCUCAAAUGACUAUGUUGCAUUAAGAGCUGGUAUAUCCAAUUCUACCCGGAUUUGGCAUAAAAGAAUGGGUCAUUUGCAUAUGAAAGGACUACAUCAGCUUAAGGAGAAGGAGAUGGUACAUGGUUUGCCACACUUGGAGGAUCUAAAUGAAGUGUGUGGAGGCUGUCAACUGGGAAAACAACACAGAGAGUGGUUCCCAAAGGAUCAAGCAUGGAGAGCAAAUGCAGGAAUUCAAAGACAGUUCUCCAUGGCUUACACACCCCAGCAGAAUGGAGUGGUAGAAAGGAAGAAUAGGACAGUGGUAGAGAUGGCUAAGGCUAUGUUACAUGAGAAGGAGCUACCUUAUUACUUAUGGGCAAAAGCUGUACACACUGCAGUGUACAUUUUGAACAGGUGCCCUACUAAGGCUCUUAGAAACAAGACUCCUUUUGAAGCUUAUAGCACAAGAAAACCAGGUGUUGCUCAUUUGAAGGUAUUUGGCAGUGUGUGUUUUGUGCAUAAACCUGAAGAAAGUAGAUAUAAAUUGGAUGCCAAAAGCACAAGGGGAGUGUUUGUUGGAUAUGCAACAUGUGAGAAGGGUUAUAGAGUGUUUGAUCCUGUCACAAGAAAACUACUACUGUCAAGAGAUGUUGUAUUUGAUGAAGGAGCAACCUGGAAUUGGAAAGAAACGACUGAAAAUUCAGUGGUUAUGAUGAAUCAUGAAGCGUAUCCUAGGAAUUCUCAAGUGGAAUUGUUUGAAACACCUGUAGGAAAUCGAAAUUCUGGUUUCAUACCUAGAGACUCAGUCUCCUAUGAAGAAUCAAGCAAGGCAAGCAGCAGAUUGGAAGACACUCUGAACUUCGAUCAUACUCCAUUGAAAUGGAGGAAGUUGGAUGAUAUUUUAGCACAAUGCAAUUUGUGCACAAUGAAGCCUGAGAAGUUUGAAGAAGCUGUGAAGGAUGAGUCAUGGAUGAAGGCAAUGAAAGAUGAGUUGAACAUGAUAGAAAAGAAUGAUACAUGGGUGCUUAUUGACAGACCUAUGGAUAAACUAGUGAUUGGAGUUAAAUGGGUGUUUAAAACUAAGCUAAAUCUGGACGGUUCAGUGCAGAAGAAUAAGGCAAGACUGGUGGCUAAAGGAUACUCACAAAAACCAAGGGUAGACUACAAUGAAACAUUUGCACCAGUGGCUAGAUUAGACACAAUCCGGACUCUAAUUGCACUAGCAGCUCAGAAGGGUUGGCAGCUGUAUCAAUUAGAUGUUAAGCCAACCUUUCUAAAUGGCAUCUUAGAGGAAGAAGUGUAUAUAGAUCAACCGGAGGGAUUUGUGGUGAAGGGGAGUGAAAGCAAGGUUUACAAGCUGCAUAAAGCUCUAUAUGGCUUGAAACAGGGGCCAAGAGCUUGGUAUAGUGAAAUUGAUGGUUAUUUUGCUGAGUGUGGUUUCACAAAGAGCCAAAGUGAGGCUACUCUUUAUGUCAAAACAAGAGGUGAAGCAAGCAUCUUGAUAGUAUCUAUUUAUGUAGAUGAUAUAGUCUACACUGGAAAUGAUCAAGAAAUGUUAGAAGACUUCAAGAAGAACAUGAAGGAGAAAUAUGAAAUGACUGAUCUGGGGCUUUUGCAUCACUUCUUGGGAAUGGGAGUAAUUCAAACACCAACAAGCAUAUUCAUUCAUAAGAAGAAAUAUGCAACAACUCUGUUAAGCAGAUUUAGCUUGAGUGAGUGUAAGCCGGUAUCUAUUCAACUAGUCACCUCAGAGAAACUAAGUAAGGAUGAUGGAAGUUGUUUGGCAAGUGAAGAGCAAUACAGAAGGAUUGUUGGAAGUCUAAUGUACCUCACAGCUACUGGACCCAAUAUUAUGUUUGCAGCUAGUUUGCUUGCAAGGUUCAUGCAUUGUCCCACUAGCAAACAUCUUGGAACAGCAAAACGUGUUCUUAGAUAUGUAAAAGGAACUCUAGACUAUGGUUUGGAGUAUGUGAAAGGAAAAGAGGUAGUCCUAAUUGGCUAUUGUGACAAUGAUUGGAGUGGUUCAGUGGAUGAUAGCAAGAGCACUUAUGGAUAUGCCUUUUCUUUUGGUAGUGGAGUGUUUGCUUAG